UGUCCAAAAACUGAUUAAUGAACACCAUUCUGUUUCUACUCUGCUGAAAAUAUUCUUGUUUUAGUUUAAACUGUGAGGUGAGAACAAGUGUCAUUUCUGCAACAAUUUGUUAUAUUCGCUCUGUUUUCUCACAUUCUUAUCUCCUAAACAACAUAACCCAUCAUCUUAAACUCCCUAGACCAUUUAUUAUAAUAGUAAAAUACUCCCAUGCAUAUCAUAUCUGCAUCACAAGGUGCUCACACGUUGCAGCUUAUCUCAAUGUGAGUCCAGCAGAGUCUGUCUUGCAUAUUAUGCUCGGAUUCUGUGGCUACUUUCUCUGUCUCGUGAACCAACACAACCAUACCAUUUCUUGUAUUCUCACAAAAAUAAAGAAACAAACAUUCAAUUAAAUAAAACAGUAGCUACGAGCUUCUCUUUAUAUAACCUUUCCACCCACCAAAUGAUCUCCUUUAGCUGUUUGGUGAUGGGAAAACAAGCCUGCAAUUACUGCAUUUUAGUUGACAGUUGACUGGCUUUCGCAUGAUAGACAUAAAUAUUCUCUUCAUCUGUUGGCUAUAAAAAUUUAUUGUACUUGACUCUCUAUGUAAAAGACAGCAAAAGUAACAAAGAAAAGAUAGGGAAGGAAACGAAAGAGGGAUGAACAUACUUCAAUAGUGUACAAGAUAUAGCCUUUACUUGGAAGCAGAAUCACCCACUAUAGCUUUUACUCAGACAAGAGUUUCUAAGAGAAGUAAACCCGAGAAUGUCUUGGUUCCUUGUAAUACUAUUUCUCAGUCUCACAUUUGGUACAACUCAUUCUGAGGCUAGCCAUAACAGGAAGCUUCCCUCUGCUGUUGUGGUUGGCACUGUUUACUGUGACACAUGCUUCCAACAGGAUUUCUCCAUGGGCAACCACUUCAUUUCAGGUGCAUCAGUUGCUGUAGAAUGCAAAGAUAGAUAUGGUACUACAAAGCCAAGGUUCCAGAAAGAAGUGAAGACAGAUGAGCAUGGAGAGUUCAAGGUACAGUUACCUUUCUCAGUGAGCAAACAUGUGAAGAGCAUCAAGGGAUGCACUGUGAAAUUGAUAAAUAGCAGUGAGCCUUAUUGUGCUGUAGCCUCAGCAGCAACCUCUUCCUCACUGCGCCUCAAGUCCAGAAAGCAAGGAUUACACAUAUUCUCAGCUGGCUUUUUCUCAUUCAAGCCUCUUACACAGCCAAAUCUCUGUAACCAAAAACCAAGCAAUCAAAAUGUAAAAGGACUUGAUUCUGUGAAAACUAUGUUUCCUCCAAAAAUAGAUCCAUCGUUUCCUCCUCCACUUCAGGACCCAAAGACACCUGGUGGUCUCCUUCCUUCCGUUCCUGGAUUACCUGACCUUCCACCAUUAUUGCCACCACUCCCUCUUUUGCCACCCACUUUAGGAAUAUCAGUGUCAAUACCAGUUCCUCCAGGAAUUACCAAUAAGUCCCCAAAGGUUCAACCUUUGGAUCAGAAAACAGCUGCCCCUAAUACCUUCUCCUUUCCUCCUAACCCAUUGUUUCCACCACCUACUGUACCAAACCCAUUUCAGCCACCAUCUCUAAAUCCUAACCCAUUACAGCCACCAGAAACAUCACCAGUUGUUCCUAACCCAUUUCAACCUCCCUCAUCAGGAACAUCACCACCACUGUUUCCUUUCCCAACAGUACCAGGCUUAACUCCAUCCACAUCACCACCAGCUUUUCCCGUUCCUUUUCCUCCACUAUUCCCUCCACCUGGCAGCGUUGACACAUCCUCCACUUUUUCAAAGAAUGCUUCUCCUUAACUUAAUAUUACCACCCAUUCAUAAUUGUCUAAUAACUCCUACAUGCUGAACUUACUUUCUUUAUGGAAAUUGUAAUAUGGUCAUGAUAUGCAUAGAAAAAUUAACAUGGGGGGAUGGGUGUGCGGCCAUGUAUCGACUACUGCUGAAAAAACUGAUACUAUGUUUAUGUAUUACUAGCAAUAAAUUUAAGGACGUGGUCAUUAUAGAGACUCAAUCAUGCAAAUUGUUAUUAUUUGUUUAAA